AUGGAUAAUUUUGUGAUCCAUACUGACACUGGUAGUGUUGUUCCAACAGCUGGUGCAAUUGGAAGGGUUAAUGCUGUUCCCAGUUCCUUUAACUUUGUGGAUAGAUUUGAACAAGAUCGGAAAGUUAGAGUGGAUAAUCCAUUUGCAGCAGUUGGUGAAUUUGCCCAUUCCCCUUUGCCUGGUGAAUUGGGAGCUUUACUGGAUAAGUUGGAACAUCUACUUAAUGAGCAAACAGCCACCUAUUUUAAUAUUCUUGGUGCUUCAGCUGAAGGGGAAAGAGAAGAUGAACAGUUUCCAAAUUUAUCAGCACCACAAAACCCCUCAAAAUUAGCAAAUGACUUUCAGAAAAAAAACAUAGAAAAUCGGAAGUAUACAAUGACCAGAAGAGAAGAUGGUUUCAAGCAGAAGCUAACAAUUCCUGUGAUGGAACUCAGAGACCAUGAAGAAAGAUACAUGAAACCCCUUGAAAAAAUUGUUUUACAAGAUGCUGUUCUGGGUAGCUGUGAUGGCAGUCGGGAAAUGUACAAUUACUUUUUACACCAUGAGGACUGGAAUGAGUGGAAGUGUAAUAUGAGAACAGUUCCAUCACCUCUGACCCUGGAUCCAGACACAGCACAUCCUAAUCUCAUUCUGUCUGAGGACCUGACCAGUGUGAGAUAUGAUGAAGUUACACAGUAUCUCCCUGACAAUCCUAAGAGAUUUAAUACGUAUAUCUGUGUACUUGGGAAAGAGGGCUUCAAUUCAGGGCGACAUUACUGGGAGGUGGAGGUGAAGAACAAGACUGCAUGGGAUGUGGGUGUCACCAGAGAAUCCAGCAAUAGGAAGGGAAGCUUUGAAAUGGGGGCAAAGCAUGGAUAUUGGAGGAUGACUCUGAGGAAUGGGAAUAAGUACACAGUUACAGGUUCAUCAUUAACCCUUACUGUGAAACCCCAGCGGAUUGGAGUGUACCUGGACUAUGAAAGGGGUGAGGUGUCAUUGUAUAAUGCUGACAACGUGUCCCAUAUCUACACAUUUACUGACAAGUUCACCGAGACAAUCUAUCCUUACUUCAACCCCUCUCUUAAAUAUGAUGGGAAAAAUGAAGAGCCCAUGAAACUAUUUCACUUGAAACUGUAAUCUGAAUAAGAAAUUAUUCUAGUACUCAGUUUUAUUGUAUUCUUUCUAUUGCAGUCAUUUUAAAAAGACCACUAUCAGAAAAAGGUAGAAUGCUAGUGAAAAAUGAAUUAUUUUAUUGUACAGUAAACAUUUUUUUGUAUUACCACAAGUAAUUUGCUAAUUUAACAUUGUGAUCAAAAUAAUUGUAAUGUUACUUCCAGUGGAUUUUGCAAAGUAAAGUUGAAAGUUUAGGAUUUAUUUAGGAUGUUUAUACAUAGCAAGUCAAAGUGACAAUUUUAUCUUGCACUCUACCAAAUUUAAUUGUAAUAGGCACUGCUAUAUGUGCUUGGGUUCUUUUGUUGCACAAGUGAAAAUUCUCCAAACUGGUACAUUAAAAUAAUUAGUGCAAAACUCAAAAGAUCACGGAAAGAAAAAAUAUAUAUGCAACGCUGAUGGUAUUGUGUUAUAACUCAGUAGGUAUGUCAUUAGGAUAUUUAUGUAUCCAUCUGUCUCUGCAUUUAUGUAAAUAAGCAUGUAUUUAUUUGUUUGCUUUUGUUAACUUGAAGACUAUGGCGUAUUUCCAGAUAAGGCCUGAGAGAAAAGCUCCAUUUUCUUCAGGCAGUUCGAAAAUAGUACACAGCAGGUCCUUGACUUACAACAGGGCUCCAUGUUGAUGAUAUCAUCACAAGUCAAGUUUGUCAUAAGCUGAAAACACCCAUAGAUUGUGCUGGACUUUUCAAUACUGCUUGAACCAUACAAAUGCAUAAAUUAAUACACAUAAAUGCUGAUAACCAUCAAGUCCAGGUGUUGUAAGUCACAUACAUAUAAGUUGGCGGCAUGCUGCACAGCUAAAAUGAGAAAUAAGACUCACAUGUAUAUAUGACAAUGCAACACAGCAGUAACAUAUUGCAACAUAACAUAUCUUAAGACAAUGGCUGUCCAGGUAAGAUGUUUUAAUAGCAGUAACAGUUUGUAGGGCUAUGCAAGUUUAAUUUCUUAGUGAAUCAGGGAUGGUUUACCAUGCCUCAGGACUUUGACCUUCAUAAUUCCAAAAACAAAUACAGUAAUAGCAUUAGAAAACAUUAGCCACCCAUAUGAAGGAGAUCAUUUUUCCACACCAAUCCUUACUAUUUUUUCUUAUCCCCAAAUCAUCAAAGUGUGAAGAUGUGAAUAGCUUGUUGAUCCAGUCACAUAUUUUUCCUGGAAAUGUGUCACUCAUUUCCAUGACUCAGUGAUAUGAAUGACUGCCCAUUACAGCAUCUUCAGUACAAACUGUUUUAAGCAUUGCACCAUUUUGCUGUAUGAAAAGACAAGUAACUGAAAGGCUUUCAGGUUCUGAUGUUCUACUUACAAAUAAGACUACUGCUUGUGAUAUGUCAAAUCAAGGGUUGAAACAUGGGCAGCACAGAGGUGCAGUGCUUAGAAUUUCUGCUGGCUUCAUUUAUAAACUCUGAUCACUAUUUCUGUGAAGUUUGCAUGUUUGUAUCUAGUUUUCCUGGGUUUUGUUCUGGUGGUCUGGUUACCUCUGGCUUUUAAAAUAUGUUGGUUGACUUACUAUUCUAAAUUUUUUGUUGCCUUUGUGGCUUAUAUUUUGUCUUAAAAAAGGUCAGACAAGGCAGCUCAGCUGAAUAUCUUUAAACAUAAAUAUGCAGAGAUCAGCACUACAGGGAAUAAUUAAAUGGACAAACAUUGGAAUCCCAAACAUACAGGACAUCUUUUUAUUGUCCACCAAGUGCGCACUCAAGAAUUAAAGCAAUGUCUGUGGCUAAGUAAUAAUUUUACAAAUAUUAUUAGUGGCAAAAAUAUUUGCUGCCUGUUCUGGUCAGCACAUAUUGUCCACUUUCUAAGUACAGUGGAAUAUUUUUAGCUACUGUGACCAUUUAGUAUGACUGCUGAUGUAAUUUGAGUCAAACGGGAAGCAGCUAAUGAGGCCCUCACCCAGGCAUCAGCUUGAUUUUUUUUUUAAUGCUAGAUAUAAUGAAAGUGCACAUGUGAUGUUUCUAUUAUGUGUUCUAGUGUGUAACAGGUAUGGUUCCAGACAUAAACUACAGACAGAUCAAACAACCAGACUUAGCUUUACCCAGAUGUAACAAACAAAAGUAAAAGCAUUUAUGGGGAGACAAGCUCCUCCUGGGCUCAUUUCCCAUAUAGGAGAUGUUCAUUUUACUCAUAUAUACUAAGUCCACAGUCAGACUAAUGUGGAGAGAAGAACAUAGUGAAUCACUGCCAGACAUGUGGUAGAAGCAAUGCCAGCAAUGACUGUCACUGAGAAUCAGCUCUUGACAAGCCACAGCUCAACCAAAUGGGAGUAAUGAGUUGUGACCUUAUCCACUUCAAACUCAAAUAGUAAUAAGGAACCUGCCAUUAAUGAAUAAAAUUGUCUCCCAAGGAAUCACAGACGGAUGUCAUAAGGUAUUUCUUUUCAUUACUUCUCAUUGACAUUAUAAGGCAUUUCUUUAUUAUUUUUCAGUGUCCUGUCUACAUGAUGACUCCACCUAACAACACUAGGUUAAAUCAGAACUGGAUUACAGAGUGGUUCCUUGCUGCUAAUGCAGACUCAGAUUAUGUGAGCUGGUAGAAAAUGCAGUCUAUGCAGUAAAGGUUUUAGAAUGUGGAGGAUUUUGGACCUUUAUUCAUCCAUAUAUUAAAAAAUAAAGAGUUAAAAAGUGUGGCUGACUUCUAUCUAUCUAUCUAUCUAUCUAUCUAUCUAUCUAUCUAUCUAUCUAUCUAUCUAUCAAGUUGCAAAGCAGAUGUAGCAAACCACAAAAUAAGUGAUUUAAGUCUCACAUUAUGCAUAAUGCAGGUGAUAUGGGCAGUAGCUAUGUACGUUAGUGGUAAAAGUAGUGGGUAGGCCAGAAUUUCCAGAGCUGGACAAAUAAAUAUUUAAUGGGUAUAUUCUGUUAGAUGCAUCUUUGUAAAGAGCUUAUUUUGAACAAGAUAAGCUUCUAUGUACCACACUUAGUCAUUUCUAAAUACAUAUUCUCUCAUGUGACCUAGUCUGUGAAAGUAUGCACCAUACAAGGGUUUGUUUGUUUUCCCUUUAGCGUAUUUGGCCAAGUAUCAGGUUUCAAGACACUGUGUAUAUAGUUUUGCACUAAAUAUCACCACAUUGACAGGUUUACUUGAUAACCCAUGAUGCACCUGACAUGCAUGUUAAAUGUCUACCCUGCACUAUGCAUACUGGUUUUGGUACCCUUACAGAAGACCAAACAAAAGCUGUCUCAGGCUGACCCAUGGCAAAACUACAAUUUAUUGGACUUUAAUAAACACAAAAUAAAAAAGAUUCGCACUUUUUCACUUCUUAUGAACUUCAGAUAAUCCUAUAGUUGUUUACCCUGUUUAAAUACACUAAAGAGCAACCUCAUUGGUUAAUACACACAC